CUGUUUGUCUACGUCAUAUAAAGCAGAAAAUUUUAGUUUAAUUUAUAAGUACAUACAAAAUUUUUAACAAUUUCCAUUAACUUUAAUUAAAAUUCAAAGAAACACAAAAAAUACAAAAUAAAAUUUAGAAUAAUAGACGUCAGCAACAAUUAUCAAAAUAUUCCUUAAUAAUUAACGCGUGUUUUACAUGAAAACGAGUACAAACUCCUCAUAAUUUUGUGUACUUAACUAAAUAUAAAUAUGAGUAUUAAUCCUGAUGCUAACUGUCCUACAAUACUGGAUUAUGAUAAUGACGAUGAAGUUAUCAACUGGGAGGAGGAAGCAGCUGCAAUUAUAAAAGACGUUAACCCACAUGUUGCGUUAAUAGAGAUAUCCCGUCAAUUACCUAGUAAUGAAAGUAAAGUGUACCUGAAUGUGCGCACCAUUGAGGGACAGGACUACUGCGUACAAGUAUCGAGCAUUGGUUUUCGUGUGGUUGGUAAUGCAUUUAAUUCCAUUGACGAUGGAAAGGAAGAAAUCAACGAAGAGGAGGACGUAGUUUAUGAGACACCAUAUGCGCUAUUAGACAAAAUCAGUCCAAGCUAUGUCGAAUCAUUUGGUAAUCAGCUUUGCAAACAACUUUUGUCCGUACAACAAAUGCGUACACAAUUCAAUGAAGAAGAUGAGGAGGGUGUGGAAGACGAAGAUACUGCUGACAACACAAAGACGUCAUAGGAGCUGUCGUAAAUUGUUUUUUGCACCUAAUGCAUUGAACAAAAGCCAAAAGUGAUCAUUUAACAAAAAACCGAAAGCUAAAAAAAAAUACAAAUUAGUUCUUAAGCUUUUUUUAAUUUAGCAUUGCAUUUAUAAAUUCCAUGAAGGUAUGUUUGACUAUAGUAAUAACGUACGCAUUGCUUGUUUAGUAAUCGUAAGCGCUUCUUUCAAUAAAAUAUGUUGAUAAAAUGAUGUUCCAUAUACACAUACAUAAUUAAUAUACAUAUAUAUUUAAACUUUUAAACGCUUCAAGAAUAAAGAUUGUGACUGUAA